UUUAACUUGUGAAGAAAUGGAGGAGUAAGGGUCUAUUUUCACACUUUAAUCACUCCAGUGAGCUCCUUGAGGGCUAUAAGGUCCUAGUAUAUGAAUACUUAGGAGAGAGGGUUUAGACUCAAUAAAUUUCAAGCAUAGUAAAGUUUAUUUUGAACCCUCAUAAUGAAAGAUUUAGUAUUGAUAAUAAAGAAGCCACCAGUAAGAACGAAAGUAAUCAAACUUCAAAUUAUGUCAUCCAAACAAGGAAAAGAAGAAGAGAUUAUAAGAGCCUUGAAGGGGGAAACCGAUUUGAGACUUCUGGGAAAACAUACUCGACCAGAAGCAGGCAGCCUGGCACAAGAGAAAGGAAGGAUCCAAGGAAGCAUAUAGAAGCUAUCAACACUAGCUAUAUGCAGAAUUCAGAGAAAACCCACGAAGGAGGAAAGACUAGUGGAAGAUGGACAGCAGAAGAACAUAGAAAAUUUGUAGAAGCACUCAAGAAGUAUGGAAAGCAAUGGAAGAAAGUCGAGGAUUAUAUCAAGACUAGGUCAGGCGCACAGAUUAGAAGCCACGCCCAGAAAUACUUCCUUAAGAUUCAGAAAGAGUAUCCUGACCAAGAUGCCUUUUUGAUUUUCAAAAACAACUCACCAGAAUUUCUGGAGGAGACUAUUUGAAUGAAGAAUAAGAAUGACAGCGAUGAAGAUAACAGUAAUGCUUCUCAUAUUUCUCAUGAAGCCAAGGAUCUCAUUCAGCCUUCUCCAGAGGCUAAAGAAGAGGAGAAGGAGGUUAAACCUCCUUCUACUCAAACAGAAGGAUUCAAUGACAAUGAGUUUGCAAACUCAGUAAAACAGUUACUUGAUCAGAGAAAAGAAGUUGAGAAGGAAAAGCCUCAGAUUCCUUCUCAAAACCCUCACUACCAGGACAUCCUACAGAUCAGGAAUUUCUAUGAGCAUGUUCAGAGAGUGUUACCUAAGAAUAAUCUGCCUCCUUUGAAUCAGAUUGCUACAGAGCAAAGAUGAAAUGAUAUCUUGCAAGAAUUCAAAGCGUACAGAGCUAAUCUACUCAGUGCACAGAAACAAGGACUACUUGGUAAUUUGACUGGCUCAGCUGGGCAGCUGCAGCUAGGCCAGACCUCUAACAACACCAGUGCAUAUUUUAACCAAGAACUUUAUAAUAAUAUUUGUAAAGAGAUCAUUAAGAUGAAGGAAAAGCUUGACAAAGUUCAAAAUGCUGAACUUUCCUUGAGAAAUGUAGCUCUUGAAAACUCCUCGCUAGAUAAUCUGAUCCAAGCAAGUUUGAAUCCUCAGCUUGUUGGAAGGAAUAGGGUCGAUAGUCUCUGCAAUAUUAGACAACAGACUGGAAGAAAGAGAGCAAUGACUAUUGAUGGACCUGUCAAGAAUAAAUAUGUGCGCUUGAACCACACCCAGAAUUCAGCAUUUGUUAGUUUCAAAAAUAACUUCAAACCUCAAGAAACAAUACAAGAGACCAAGGAUGAAGAGGAGGACUCCAAAGAUGCAGAGAUGAAGAUUGAAGAACCAAAACUAGCGAAAAAGCAGACACAAGUUGCAAAAGGCAAGGAUUUGCCUUCCUCAACACAUCAACCUCUUCUUUCUCAGGAUGAAGUUAUCUCUAAAAGAAAGAGAGCAAGGUCUUUUUAG